GAAGGCAUCCUUAGUCCUACGGAAGUAUUUAAGGAUGUUCUUCACAGCCGUCCAAUGGCUUUCGCCAGGGUUGGACUGGUAUCUACUCGUGACACUCAGAGCAAAAGCGACAUCAGGUCUCGUACAUACCAUCGCAUACAUGAUGGAUCAAAUGGCCGACGCAUAAGGAACAUUUCUCAUGCAUUCUACUUCCUCCGGAGUGGAAGCACCCUGAGUCUUGGAAAGACUCGUGCCUUGGGCCAUAGGCAAACUUCCUCGUUUCGACUCAGACAUGCUGAAUCUAGCGAGGACCUUGUCUAUUAUGUCAUCAACAUACAAAGCAAGGAAGACUACAGCACUCCCACUGACCUUCUUGUAUACACAAGAUUCAUCCGAAUUUCUUUCAAAACCAAAGCCGAUGACAGUUUCGUGAAAGCGGAUGUUCCAACUCCGUGAGGCUUGCUUCAAUCCGUAGAUUGAUCGCUGCAACUUGCAUACCUUGGUAGAUUCUUCAGGAGCGCAAAACCCUUCAGGUUGU